CAUGGUUAGACCUCUCUACGGGCGAUUUCUUCACGCAGUCGACCUCACCCCAAAUGCUCUCCUCCGCGAUAGCCAGGAUUGGCGCCCGGGAGAUCCUCGUGGACCAGGAGCUCCAGGAUCUGAUCGGACCGGACGUACAAUCGCUGGUCGGGUACGACCAUCGGCUGAUGACCUUUUUCAAAUUUCCCGAGAGAGCGAUGCCGAUCUCUGAAUGGCAGCCGUUACUGGAGGGGUCGGACGUGCCGACCGAGACAUUUACACCGGAGGAGAUAGCGGCCGGAUAUGGCCUUCUGGAGUACAUCAAAGUUCAGCUGCAGGGGUUAAACAUGAAGCUCCAGCCACCCCGCCGCCGACACCUGCACGAAUCGAUGGCGGUUGACCGGAAUAGCCUGAAAGGACUGGAGAUUCUCGAGACGUCGCGCGAUGGCUUUGGCAAGGGAAGCCUGCUUCACGCCGUGCGCCGCACCUCGACCAAAAGUGGAGCGCGCCUGCUGAGAGACCGUCUGACGUCGCCUUCAACCUCGCUGGAGGUCAUCAAUGAACGCCUUGACCUUGUGUCUACGUUCCUGGCGGACAGGGAGCUACGGGAACAUUUAAUCCGUCUACUUAAACAGAGCUAUGAUGCCCAGCGUUUGGUUCAGAAAUUCACCCUGGGACGCGGUGACGCGGACGAUCUCAUCUGUCUGUCUCGAGCGAUCGAAGCGGCGAAAGACAUAAAACAGGUGCUAUUGAGUGCCGUUCCCGACGAUCGCGACGGCGGGACAGGCUCCCCACAUACCGACGCCAGCCACAGUGCCCACGCCAUGAUUAACCGACUCCAUCUCGAAGGACCGGCCUCCCUGGCGGCCCAGAUCUUCGCAGCGAUCGACGAGGAAGGGCUCCAACAGAUACACCGAGCGGAGGAUCAGACCGCCUCGGAAGCCGCCCUCUUGGCCCAAGAAGUUGCGACCAACGAAGGCGACUCGGGAGACAUGAAUGCCCUGCCGAAGACUGUUAGACGGACCCGGGAACGAGCGGGGAUAGCGGCCGCCAACCCAAUGGCGAUCGACACGUGGAUCAUGAGGCGUGACGCCAGUGACGCUCUGCGGGAAUUGCACCAAGCAUUGGACAACCUGCAGGAUGAAAGCGUGGCGUUGACCCAGGAACUUCAGGACUCGGUCGGAUCCUCUGCGCUGACGUUGAAAUGGACCCCUGGACUGGGACACAUCUGCCAUGUCAAGGGUGCCAAGAUCUCCCAGGAGGCCCUGGAGGCGUUAGGGGUCACGCGAAAUGUUUCAUCCACCAAGUCCACUCGGUCUUUCUACUUACCCACGUGGACGGAACUGGGCGUCCGGAUAGACCAAGUCAAGGCGCAGAUCCGACAGGAGGAACAGCAGAUCUUCGAGCGCUUGCGCCGCGAGGUCAUUCUCAACCUCGUGAAAAUCCGACGGAACGCCGCCGUGAUUGAUGAGCUUGACGUGGCUUGCUCCUUUGCGACCUUGGCGCAAGAGCAGCGACUGGUUCGUCCGAUCCUCAAUGACGGGACGUCGCACCGCAUCGUGGGGGGCCGACACCCGACCGUCACCCUUGGGCUGGAAGAGCAGGGCCGGCGGUUCGUCAGCAAUGACUGUUUCCUGGGGGACACGGAGCGCGUCUGGCUAAUCACCGGGCCCAACAUGGCCGGGAAAAGCACGUUCCUGCGGCAAAACGCGUUGAUCACGGUUCUGGCGCAGGUCGGGUCGUUCGUCCCCGCGUCCUACGCCGAGAUUGGCAUCGUCGAUCAGAUCUUCAGCCGCAUCGGAGCAGCGGACGACCUCUUCCGCGACCAGUCCACCUUUAUGGUGGAGAUGUUGGAGACGGCCGCGAUCCUCCGCAACGCGACGCCCCGGUCCUUCGUCAUCAUGGACGAGGUCGGUCGCGGGACGACACCCGAAGACGGGACAGCCGUGAGCUUUGCGUGCCUGCACCACUUGCACUAUCACAACCGAAGUCGAACGCUGUUUGCGACCCACUUCCACGCCUUGUCAGAUAUGACGCGGGACUUUGAGGCUUUGGGCCGGUACUGUACAGACGUGAAGGAAACGGCUUCGGGGUCCUUCUCCUUUGUGCAUCGACUUCGGCGGGGAGUCAACCACCAGUCGCAUGCUUUGAAGGUGGCCCAGCUUGCCGGGCUUCCCCAGGCGACCAUCGCGUUGGCGCAGAGUGUGCGCGACCGGGUGGGCCACCGUAAUCAUCAUCUGUCCACGGCGGAGAGCCUCGAGAAAGCGACCGCCGAGGAUGCGCCUCCAAUUGCAGCGGCAGGGAACAAUGGAUAGCUAGCAGUAGGUGGGUAACUUUACCCCCGGAACAGUUAGACCCGUAGCUACACGUACCGAAUAAA